AUGGCCACUGUUGUUUCCCUCUCCCUCCGCUCCCUCUUUCUCCCUCUUCUCGGUGCCCGCAGCAACCAGGACGACUACCAGCUGGUCCGCAAGCUGGGCCGCGGGAAGUACAGCGAGGUCUUCGAGGCCAUCAACAUCACCAACAACGAGCGCGUGGUGGUGAAGAUCCUUAAGCCAGUGAAGAAAAAGAAGAUAAAACGCGAGGUGAAGAUUCUGGAGAACCUGCGUGGUGGCACCAACAUCAUUAACCUGAUCGACACCGUCAAGGAUCCGGUGUCAAAGACCCCUGCUCUGGUUUUUGAGUACAUCAAUAAUACAGAUUUUAAGCAACUGUACCAGAUCCUGACAGACUUUGAUAUUCGAUUUUAUAUGUACGAGCUGCUGAAGGCCCUGGAUUACUGCCACAGCAUGGGCAUCAUGCACAGGGACGUCAAGCCCCACAACGUCAUGAUAGACCACCAACAGAAAAAGCUGCGGCUCAUAGACUGGGGCUUGGCAGAAUUCUACCAUCCCGCUCAGGAAUACAACGUCCGCGUGGCCUCGAGGUACUUCAAAGGACCGGAGCUCCUUGUGGACUACCAAAUGUAUGACUACAGCUUGGACAUGUGGAGUUUAGGCUGUAUGCUGGCUAGCAUGAUCUUCCGAAAGGAGCCCUUCUUCCAUGGCCAGGACAAUUAUGACCAGCUGGUUCGCAUCGCAAAGGUCCUGGGCACAGACGAGCUGUAUGGCUAUCUCAAGAAGUACCACAUAGAACUGGACCCGCACUUCAAUGAUAUCCUGGGCCAGCAUUCCCGGAAACGCUGGGAGAACUUCAUCCACAGCGAGAACAGACAUCUGGUGAGCCCUGAAGUCCUAGACCUCCUGGAUAAGCUCCUGCGGUAUGACCAUCAACAGAGGCUGACUGCCAAAGAGGCCAUGGACCACCCCUAUUUCUAUCCAGUGGUGAAGGAGCAGUCCCAGCCCAGCUCAGAAAAUGCUGUACUCUCCAGUGGCCUGACAACAGCACGAUGAAGACUGGAAAACGACGGGUAAUUCAAGAUGUUUACAAAUAAAAACAAAACCUUCGGUCACACAGUGAAGGGAAAUGAACCAAGGCCCCCCCCCCUUCCCCUCCCCUUUAUACUCAGCAGAAAUCUAACCUUGUGGGGGGGUCAUAAACCUCAGUUCCUCUCUGGUGGUUGUGGUUAAUGUAACUCUAACCCUGUGGUACCAAAGCCCUGGGCAAAUGGUUUUGCAAGAGCUAAACGUAUAGUGAUAUCCCCAGGGCUCAACACGACUGAUUCUGGUUCACAUCUCUAUGGAUCCUACUCUUCCUUCUCAGUCCAGCCUUCCCCGCCAUCCCGGUGGGGAGAAAUUUGCCGUUCCACCAUCAGCCCUUAGCUUGCCUCUUUCUAAACUUGCCUUUCCCCCCUACACUCUCGCUGAACCAAAUUCAGGCUGGGGGUUAGCAGGUGCCGCUCUCUUGAGGUCCGAGUCCUUCUGCUCACUCUGCGCUUGAAUUUGACCCUUGAAUUCCAGUUUCAAUUGCAGAUGCCAGAGCAGCGGGUUGGGGGGGUGGGAUGGGGAAGUUCGACAACACCAAGCCCCGCUCCCAGGAGCAGCCCCGGAGUGG